CGUGCCCUGUUUCUCCCUCCAUUCUUCGUCUUCUUCUUCUUCUUCUUUCACAGAAUCGGAGAUGGAGUGGGAAGAUUACUACGAAGAUUACUCGAUGUUCAAGAAGAUGAGCACGGAUGAAGACGGCACGUAUCAAGCCGCUGCUAUCAUCGGCCAUGACGGGAAAGUUUGGGCCCAGACUGCCAACUUCCCUCAGCUUACGACCGAAGAGAGAAUUGCGAUCAUGCGCGAAUUUGAUGAACCCGGGAUGCUCACUACGAUGGGACUCUACCUUGGCGGCACCAAGUACGUGGUGACCCGAGUUGAACCAGGUGAUGUUAUGCGGGCAAAGAAGCCGGGUGAAAGUGUGACCAUCAAGAAGACAAGUGCGGCCUUGGUCAUUGGCAUAUAUCCAAACCCCGGGAUUUCUAAUCGGUGCAAUGGGAUUGUUGAGAGGGUGGGCGACGACUUAAUCAAGCGAGGUUUUUAGGUUUUCGUUGGACACCAUGGAAAUCUCAAGUGCAAGAAAGGUUGUUUGGUUUGUAAAUGGACUUAGACACUUGCCGUUUCUUUACUUCUUUUAUGAAACUUUUGCCGAGGAUGCUGGUGUUCCGCUCCUAGAAGCUAUUUGAUAGCUUAUCGAAAUACUUGAACUGUAAAUGCUGAUUGAAAUUCCUUCUAGUGAAGGUCAAAGAGGUUUAUCGUGACUGGUAAUCAAAUGGAUGAGUCUCUGUCUGAUCAUGAAAAUGCUUUCCUCUA